CAGAAGGGCAGGCUCCAACCGGGAACCCUCUUCCUGUGAGGCAACAGUGCUAACCACUGCAUCACUGUGCCACCCAUACAAAACAUCACCCUCGGCAAAUGUUAAUAAAGUAACAGUGGUUGUGGGAAAAUAAUGAGCUGUGUUGCCUUUCAGCUGUUUAAUUAUCUGCCAAAUUAUUCUUACGUUUCUGGAAGGAAGAAUGACUGAGUAAACUUGGAUCGAACAGCAGAAAGUCCACACCACAGAUGACAGAUGAGUUGGCAGCAUGAAGCCAUUUGACAUCUUUUUGUUUUUCCCCUCCAGCUGCUGGCGGAGCUGCUCGACCAGUCUGACAAACCAUCUGUUUAUGAAAUGUGAGCUCUCGUCAGCUGAGCAAGCUGGAAAGCCCCGUUGCGUCACCAGCUCAUACGGCUAUAAAUGCAAGCGCGCUGCUCCUUGGCUCAUCAGAAACAAGACGAACACAUGAAAACAUCUCACACCUGCAGAAAGGCGUGGAAGCAUCAGCAGAAAUACACAGACUGCUGCACUGACAACAGGAAUCUCACCAUUACUACUACUGCUACUUCUCACCACACACAUGGACACCAUGGUGCACCAGCUGACAUUUGAUAAGGAUAACCAGGAGCGGAUCCACGCUGUGGAGUGCUCAUUUGGGCCGUCUGGGAAGCCCCUGUCCCAGCCUGGUCGGGUUCUGAUCGGAGAGGGCCGCCUGGUGAAGCAGAGCCGCCGGGGGCCACAGCCGAAAGUCUUCUUCCUCUUCAACGAUGUGCUGGUGUAUGGCAGCAUCAUCCUCAACGGCCGUUGGCACAAGAAACAGCAGAUCAUCCCUCUCGAGGACAUCCAGCUGGAGGACUUGGAGGACAGUGCAAGAAUGAGAAACCAAUGGUUAAUCCGCACCCCACGCAAGUCCUUCUACGUGGCAGCCGCCUCAUACGAGGAGAAGCGAGCCUGGAUCGAGCACAUGGAAGACUGCCGGUCCAGACUGCUAGCGAGAGCAGGCUGCACACCCAGCUCCACCUUCGCCGUCACCUGGAUCCCUGACCAGGCCUCUGCUGUCUGCAUGCGCUGCGCCUGCAAGUUCACCGUGACCCAGCGCCGCCACCACUGCCGGAAAUGUGGCUUUGUGGUCUGCGGGGCCUGCUCCAAGAAGCGAGCGAUCAUCGGACACAUUCACCCAACUAAGUGUUUGAGGGUCUGCACCAUGUGUCACUCCAGCCUUUCCACAACAGAGGCCGGGGCCCAAGAGGUGUCUCGGAUCAGGGGAAGCAGCACAGAGAAGAUCGGCUCAGAUGAAGAUGAAUUUGAGGGAUCCUAUGAGGAAGAGGAGGUAGAGGAGCAGAUGGAGGACCAUGACCCCAGCAGGUGGAUGGAAUCCCAGAUGGAUUCCUGGUCCCCCUAUGUCUACCUCAGACCAGAGCAUGUGAGGCCCCAAUGAGUGCAUCAAGAGUGCAGAAACCACCUCAUGUUGGACUUUGGACAUUGUUGAACAUGGACAUAAUGCCGAUACAGCUCGGUGACAUACAAGCAAAUGAAAGACAUUCUCACUCCGUCAUAACCAUAUCAAAACAGUAAUUUAUAACAUAACACAAUCUUGUAUAGGUAUUUAUUUAUAUUAAUAAUCUGUGUAACUUGUUUGAACACUUACUGUGAAGUCUUUAGUUUAUUUUCUCUGAUUAUGUGACCAGAGGAUUUUGAGUAGAACACUCGAGGCCGACCUCGGUCUGCCUCACUACUUUUUUAGUUUCAGUCGUGUAUCAUAUCAGUGUUUGUGUACAUGAGAGCAUCUGCUUCUUAUUUAUCUUUGAAGUAAAAAAUAAAACACGAUUUAAAAAAAAAAAAAAA